AAGACCGCCUCAUUCAUUUUCUCUCUCAACAAUUUCAUCGAACACCUUGUCUGCGUUACACUACCGUCGUUACACCGUCGUAACAGUUAUUUUCCGGCAACAACUCGCCGUUAAACUCGUCAUCCACCGCAACCUCUCGCUUACGUAACAAUAAAAAACGUGACGUAUGGCGGCGGAGACCGAAAUAGGUUAAACAAUUGGUUAUUUCAAGUGUUACGGUAACAAAGGGGAUGGGGAAGUUAGGGUUAGGGUUAGCGGUAGGGUGUGCGGUGGCUAGUUGUGCGAUCGCGGCGGUGAUGGUUGGGAGGAGAGUACGGAGCCGGAGACGGUGGUGGAGAGUGGUUAGGGCGGUGGAUGAGUUUGAAGAAGCGGCUUUGACGCCGGUGGGACGGUUGAAGCAGGUGGUUGAUGCUAUGGCGGUUGAGAUGCACGCAGGGUUGGCUUCUGAAGGUGGUAGUAAGCUGAAGAUGUUGCUUACGUUCGUUGACAGUCUUCCUGACGGGAGUGAAAGUGGAAUAUAUUACGCCUUACAUGUUGGAGGGACCUAUUUCCGGAUUCUUCGAAUCCAGCUUGGUGGCCAGAAGUCUAUUCUUGGGCAUGAUGUUGAGCGGAAACCUAUUCCACAACAUUUAAUGACCAGAACAAGCGAGGAGUUUUUCGAUUUUAUUGCCUUAUCCUUGAAGGAAUUUGUUGAACGGACGGGAAAUAAUUCACAGUAUUCACAAGGAAAGGAUCUAGGGUUUACAUUCUCGUUUCCUGUGAAACAAACAUCUCUUUCAUCAGGCACUUUGAUCAAGUGGACUAAAGGUUUUUCCAUUGACGACAUGGUUGAAAAAGAUGUCGUUGAAUGUUUGCAAAGGGCGUUGUCUAGAAGAGGUCUAGAUAUGAAUGUUGCUGCACUUGUGAACGAUAGUGUGGGGACGUUGGCUGUCGGGCACUUUUACGAUAAAGACACAGUUGCUGCAAUUGUAAUUGGAACCGGCACCAACGCCUGUUAUUUAGAGCGGGCCGAUGCGGUUAUCAAAUGUCAAGGUCUUCUUACGACUUCAGGAGGCAUGGUUAUCAACAUGGAAUGGGGUAAUUUUUGGUCCUCGCAUUUGCCUAGAACGUCAUAUGACAUCGAUCUUGAUGCUGAGAGCCAUAACUCUAAUGAUCAAGGUUUCGAGAAAAUGAUAUCUGGAUUGUAUUUAGGUGACAUAGUAAGAAGAGUUAUUUGCAAGAUGUCUUUAGUGUCCGAUAUUUUUGGACCCUUUUCUUCUAAGUUGUCUACACAAUUUGCGUUGAGUACACCGUUAAUGGCGGCCAUGCAUGAAGACGACACCCCGGACUUGAGUGAAGUUGCAAAGAUUUUAGAAGAAACCUUGGAUAUUCACGAUGUCCCAUUAAAAGCUAGAAAACUUGUGGUCAAAGUAUGUGACGUGGUGACAAGACGGGCUGCGCGGUUGGCAGCUGCAGGCAUUGUCGGGAUCUUGAAGAAGAUUGGUCGAGACGGGACAGGUGGCAUUACGAGUGGAAGAGUCAAAGGUGUAAAAAGUGGUAAAAUGAGACGAACAGUGGUGGCAGUAGAGGGGGGAUUAUACACGAGCUACACCGUUUUUCGAGAAUACUUAAACGAAGCCGUAGCAGAAAUACUAGGGGAAGAAAUCGCUCCGUACGUUAUUCUGAAAGAGAUGGAAGAUGGAUCAGGGAUUGGAGCAGCUUUGCUGGCAGCCUCAAAUUCUGCCAGAAGUGUGGAUACAGUACAGGUUCUAUGAACAGAUAUAUUUAUAUUUAUAUAUAAUUAAGAUAUAAAUAUACAUAUAUAGCCUCCCCUCUCCUGUAAAUUGUAAAUGUUUCUUUGGUCUUGUGUAUAGAAGGGAAGGUUGUAAAUGUCAUAUAGCAGUAGAUGAGCUUGUGGCAGUUCUUUGUAGUUUCAGAAUGUGUUCAUUCAUUUCUAAGCUAAAAUAGUAGCAAUUUGGUGGUAGAAUUUAUGUUUUUAGUUUAUUAAAUUGGUAAAUAGCCGAGGACGAAGUGGUUGUUAAUUCAUUUAGAUUGUCUGGUUUUCGUUUUUGUUAUUUAUGUAUCCUUUACUUUCAGAUUA